CCUUCUGUCUUUUCCAUUUUUUUGUACAAUUCUCAAUUCCCAAAUCUACACAAGAAGAAGAUAAGGAGUAAAAUAUCUGUACAGGGUUUUUAGCCGAUGAACCCUAAAUUUAGCACUUCAGGUCAGUCUAUUCUUGUGAUGAUAUAUAGAUAUUAUGCUCUGUAAUGUCGGCUUUGUUGUAUUACAUUAUUCCUUUCUCCAGUGCUUCCUCGUAAGAACGCAAGAUUAUUAUGGAACCUAAAUUUCUGAUUUCUUCGCAUAAAAAUUUGCCAUCAAUUGGCCCUUUACCAUUUUUUCUCUCCUAUAAACCAUCUUUACUUCGAAAAGAUAAGUUGUUUUUAGAGAACCCUAUCUCUGUUUCCUCUGUAAAGACAUCAUUUUUGGGUGAAAGGCUGGUUUUUGAGCAAAAUAACUUAUCUUUGGGGAAUUUGAGGAGAACCCAUCUGCGUGUUCCUUUAAUAAGUGCGGGUGCUGUUAAGAGGAGGAAAGAGCUUCCUUUGGAUAAUGUAAUUCAAAAGGAUAAGAAGCUCAAGUUGGCUUUAAAAAUUAGGAAGAUUUUAGUGAGCCAGCCGAAUAGGAUUAUGGCCCUUCGCGAUUUGGGUAGGUGGAGAAAAGCGUUGGGCCUGCAGAAAAGGAGGCGAUUUAUUGCUUUGUUGAGGAAAUUUCCGUCUGUGUUUGAAAUUGUGGAAGAAGGUGUAUAUUCACUUCAGUUUAAGUUGACUCCAGAAGCCGAGAGGCUUUAUCUCGAGGAGUUGAAGGUUAGGAAUGAAAUGGAGGAUUUGUUAGUUAUUAAGCUAAGGAAAUUGUUGAUGAUGUCAAUUGAGAAACGGAUUCUUUUGGAGAAGAUUGCCCAUUUGAUGACUGAUCUUGGUCUUCCAUUGGAAUUUCGUGACACUAUUUGUCACCGAUACCCCCAGUAUUUCAAGGUUGUUGCGACUGAACGAGGACCAGCUUUAGAGUUAACUCACUGGGACCCUGAGCUUGCUGUCUCUGCUGCGGAGCUUCAAGAAGAAGAGAAUAAGGAAAGAGAGAUGGAAGAGAGAGAUUUGAUUAUUGAUCGGCCCCCCAGGUUCAAUAGAGUAAAGCUACCAAAGGGGCUUAAUCUUUCGAAAGGCGAGAUGAGAAGGAUUUCUCAAUUUAGAGAUAUGCCUUAUAUAUCACCUUACUCUGAUUUUUCAGAAUUGAGGUCCGGUACUCUAGAGAAAGAAAAGCAUGCUUGCGGUGUUGUUCACGAGAUCUUGAGCCUCACUGUCGAGAAGAGAACACUUGUUGAUCAUUUAACACAUUUUCGAGAGGAAUUCAGAUUUUCUCAACAGCUUCGGGGGAUGUUGAUAAGGCAUCCGGAUAUGUUCUAUGUUUCUCUGAAAGGGGAUAGGGAUUCAGUUUUCCUCCGCGAAGCAUAUCGUGAUUCUCAGUUGAUAGAAAAAGACAAGUUGUUGCUUAUUAAGGAGAGGCUCCGCACACUUGUUAAUGUUCCACGGUUCCCGAGGAGAAAUGCUCCGAAUACUGAUUCAGAUGAAGCAGCAGAUAAGGAGGCUGAUGAAGGAACUGGUGAAGACGAUGAAGAUGAAUGGUCAGACAUUGAUAAUUUAGGAAGCGAUGGAUUUGACGACGACGACGACGACGAAGAUUACGAGGACGAUUGGAACGAUGAAGAAGAUGAUAUGCCCCCAGACUUCAGUGAUGAUGAUGCUACUGUGAAUUUAGAAUUGAGCAAACCAGAGAAACAAGUGAAUGGGUCAAAGACAAGCAAUGAGAAGGUUCUUGCUCCUGUGUUUCCCGAUGGCCGGCCAAGAGAACGCUGGUGAAUACAUAGAUUUACUUUGUCAUUGAAAGUUAAAACACAAGGGGAAUUAAUUCGCCAUAAUUUUACAGUUGAUAUUAUUGGAUUUUCACGAGAUUGUACUAUGUGAAAGACCAUAUGCAUUUUCUUGCUCUCACAGCUCCUGUAUUCCUCAGAAAAUCUUCGUUGUGGAUUUGUGUUGGACAUUCAAUAUCGUACCCAGUAAUAGGAACAGUAGUAGUAGAUGUUUUAUCUUGUUUACUAGGUGUAUUGUGAUUUAUUUCUCUUCCAUACAGAAUAGUGUUCUUGUUUCUUUAUACCAUUUUCAGAUUGGCCUCUGCUGGUAGAAUCAUGCAAGAACUAGUAUUUUCCUACAGCCUGGUGAAUUUUGGAGCAUAUUAGGAUUUGUAAAACAGGGAAGGCUAGCUGAUUGAUGGGCUCUCUGUGGUUUACCCAGGAAUCUGAGGAUAUCAACAAAUUGUCAAGUGCUCAAGUGUUUGAGCUUGGGAUUUAUCCUGCUGAAAGAAGAAGAUUAUGAUUGAGGGGCUAAUUAAUGAAGGCUUCGUAUAUUUUGAUAGCGAAAGACAGAUUAUUGUUCUGUCUGCACAAUAUUAUUCUUGUAUGUUUAGUCUUCUUGGAGGAGGUGGAUACCUCAAAGAAACACAAUAUUUCGCUUUUAACAUAAUGCCAAUGGAAUCUGAUGCUAAA